AACUUGAAUUAUCAUAUCUUAUCUCACUCUUCAACCUUCAAUCUUCAAUACUUUCAUUUCAUUACAUUUUUGAAAAAUGGAUUCCCAGAAGUUGAGCCACCAAGCUGGACAGGCCCACGGCCAAGCUCAGGAGAAGUUGAGCCAUCACACUGGACAGGCCCAGCAGAGCUUGAGCCAUCAAGCUGGACAGGCCCAGCAGAGCUUGAGCCAUCAAGCUGGACAGGCUCAGCAGAGCUUGAGCCAUCAUGCUGGACAGGCCCAGGGCCAAGCUCAAGAGAAGGGUAGCAACUUGAUGGACAUGGCUAGCAAUGCUGCUCACACUGCAAAAGAAACUGCUCUAGAGGCUGGUCACCAGGUGAAGGCAUCAGCACAAGGAGCAGCUGAGGCUGUGAAGAAUGCAACUGGCUUGAACCAGAAUCAGAAGUGAAGCAAUAAAGCUUAAGGAACCCUAAUAAAGCAGUUUUAUUCAGUUUUUUUCUUUUUGUUUUCUAGGGCAUUAUGUAUGAAAUGAUGCUCUAAUUUAGUUUGUUGCUCCUUAUUAGGAGUCAUGUGAAUAAUUCUUUGUUUAGAUUAGAGAACUAUGAUUUAGUUCUCUUUUUAUUCAUUGAUCAAUGAAAUAUAUAUAUUAGAAUACUCAA